CCGACUGGAGGCGGAGGACGAGGGGAUCCCGAGCACUGCGAUUCGCGAGAUCUCGCUGCUGAAGGAGCUGCAGCACCCGAACAUCGUUCGGCUAUGCGACGUGAUUCACACGGAGCGGAAGCUCACGCUGGUCUUCGAGUACUUGGACCAGGACUUGAAGAAGCUGCUCGACAUGUGCGACGGCGGCCUCGACGCCGCCACGACCAAGUCGUUCCUGUAUCAGCUCCUGCGCGGCAUCGCGUACUGCCAUCAGCACCGGGUGCUGCACCGCGACCUGAAGCCGCAGAACCUCCUCAUCAAUCGGGAGGGCGCGCUGAAGCUGGCGGACUUUGGCCUCGCCCGCGCCUUCGGGAGCCCCCCGCCCCUGCGGCAGGUGGUGACGCUGUGGUACCGAGCGCCCGACGUGCUGAUGGGCUCGCGCAAGUACUCCACGCCAGUGGACAUCUGGAGCGUGGGUUGCAUUUUCGCAGAAAUGGUGAACGGCCGGCCUUUGUUCCCCGGGAACACUGACCAGGACCAGCUGCAGAAAAUAUUCAAGGUCCUGGGGACGCCCAGGGAGGCCGACUGGCCGACCAUCGCGGAGCUCCCCGACUGGAAGCCCGACUUCCCCGUGUACGAGCCGGCGCCCUGGCAGAGCAUCGUGGCGAACCUCGAAGCGAGCGGCGUCGACCUCCUGUCGAAGAUGCUGUACUACGCUCCGGACAAGCGGGUGCAGGGCCGCGCCGCCAUGGACCACGAAUACUUUCGGGGCCUCAGCGAGGCGAUCAAGAACAUGAAGUGAGAACCUUGCGCGCUUCUGGGGAAUAAAUAGGAGGCAGCUGCGAGUGGUCCUGGGGGGCGAGGGGAUCAAGAGGUGGACCAGACGUGGAGCGUCGGCAUGCUGCGCGCGCCUGGUCUCAGUGCUCAUGCGUCGCCUUGCGCGCGCCCUCACAUUUUCCCUGCAAUUAGAGUUGUGAUGGUCUGUGUGAGGAUCGCUCGCCCUGCGGACUCCACUGCCUCUCCGGUGCCACCCGCUCCACCCCCCACAAUCGACGCUCGCCAGUGACCGAAAUGGCUGUAGCUCGCAGUCCAUUGCGUAGCUCGCUGGUGCCAGUUCCGGCCCGCAUCCUGCCGCAUCUUUCAGGGCGUUGCACGGUCGGCCUUGACGGGACAGUGUCGGGGAAUGCUGUGCACGUUCAGAAAAGGAUGCAGGCUGGGCUUCGCUCUUUGUUUGAGACCUCCAUACCUGCAACCCUUCUCCUGUCCUGUAGAUGCGAGAAUGCUCCAGCAGUGCACCCAUGCAGGGCUGCAGCCUGUCGUUCCCAGAAUGUACGCUCUCGCCUCUGCGCCGCGCUCUCCCGUCUUACAGUCAUGGUCCUGCGUGGUUUCGGGCCCUGCGAAACCGAAGCCGUUGACACGCUAAGCAGCGCAGGGGCGCACACGCUAAGUAUGGUCGGGCGGAACAGCCUUCCGGUAUACACGGUAAGUGCUAACCCCGCAGGAUACACGCGAAGUGCGGAUCAUUUUGCGUGUGUAGGCGUAUUCCCAACUACACGCUACGAGUAGGACCAUGGCC